AACAAGGACCGAUACUUGCUCCAACACUAUCCUAUCAAAAUGUGUGACGAAGAUGUUGCUGCGUUGGUUAUCGACAACGGCUCCGGCAUGUGUAAAGCCGGGUUCGCCGGUGAUGAUGCCCCAAGAGCUGUUUUCCCCUCCAUCGUGGGUCGUCCCCGUCAUCAGGGUGUGAUGGUCGGUAUGGGACAGAAAGACAGCUACGUCGGUGACGAGGCUCAGUCCAAGAGAGGUAUCCUCACCCUCAAGUACCCCAUCGAGCACGGAAUCGUCACCAACUGGGAUGACAUGGAGAAGAUCUGGCAUCACACCUUCUACAACGAACUCCGUGUGGCUCCAGAGGAGCAUCCCGUUCUCCUGACAGAGGCUCCCCUAAAUCCCAAAGCCAACCGUGAAAAGAUGACCCAGAUCAUGUUCGAAACUUUCAACUCUCCAGCAAUGUAUGUGGCCAUCCAGGCUGUUCUGUCUCUGUACGCUUCUGGUCGUACGACAGGUAUUGUGUUGGACUCUGGUGAUGGUGUCACCCACACUGUUCCCAUCUAUGAGGGCUACGCCCUUCCUCACGCCAUAAUGAGACUGGACCUUGCUGGCCGUGAUCUCACUGAUUACAUGAUGAAGAUCCUGACUGAACGUGGUUACUCCUUCACCACCACUGCUGAGAGAGAAAUCGUCAGGGACAUCAAGGAGAAGCUGGCCUAUGUUGCACUUGACUUUGAGCAGGAAAUGCAGACUGCUGCCUCUUCCUCUACAUUAGAGAAGAGCUACGAGCUUCCCGAUGGUCAGGUCAUCACUAUUGGCAACGAGAGGUUCCGUUGUCCAGAAGCCCUCUUCCAGCCAUCCUUCUUGGGUAUGGAAUCAGCCGGUAUCCACGAAACAACAUACAACUCCAUCAUGAAGUGUGAUGUUGAUAUCCGUAAAGACUUGUAUGCCAACACUGUACUCUCAGGAGGUAGCACCAUGUUUCCAGGGGUCGCAGAUAGAAUGCAGAAGGAGAUCACAGCCCUCGCUCCACCAACAAUGAAGAUCAAGGUCAUUGCUCCUCCAGAGAGGAAAUACUCCGUCUGGAUCGGUGGCUCCAUCCUUGCCUCUCUGUCCACAUUCCAGCAGAUGUGGAUUAGCAAACAGGAGUACGAUGAGUCCGGCCCAUCCAUUGUUCACAGAAAGUGUUUUUAUAAAUGUUCAUCUCUAAGGAGGAGAUUUUUGCCAAUCAAGUCUGUCAUUGCUGCUCAAAGAUCGGCCCACAUAAAUACAACUGUUGAAGAUGUAGAGUCAUUCAGUCCUCAGCCGGCGUGCAACAAGGAACGAUACUUGCUCCAACACUAUUCUAUCAAUAUGUGUGACGACGAUGUUGCUGCGUUGGUUAUCGACAACGGCUCCGGCAUGUGUAAAGCCGGGUUCGCCGGUGAUGACGCCCCAAGAGCUGUUUUCCCCUCCAUCGUGGGUCGUCCCCGUCAUCAGGGUGUGAUGGUCGGUAUGGGACAGAAAGACAGCUACGUCGGUGACGAGGCUCAGUCCAAGAGAGGUAUCCUCACCCUCAAGUACCCCAUUGAGCACGGAAUCGUCACCAACUGGGACGACAUGGAAAAGAUCUGGCAUCACACCUUCUACAACGAGCUUCGUGUGGCUCCAGAGGAGCAUCCCGUUCUCCUGACAGAGGCUCCCCUCAACCCCAAAGCCAACCGUGAAAAGAUGACCCAGAUCAUGUUCGAGACCUUCAACUCUCCAGCUAUGUAUGUGGCCAUCCAGGCUGUUCUGUCUCUGUACGCUUCUGGUCGUACGACAGGUAUUGUGUUGGACUCUGGUGAUGGUGUUACACACACUGUUCCCAUCUAUGAGGGUUACGCCCUUCCUCACGCUAUUCUCAGGUUGGACCUUGCUGGCCGCGAUCUCACUGAUUACAUGAUGAAGAUCCUGACUGAACGUGGUUACUCCUUCACCACCACCGCUGAGAGAGAAAUCGUCAGGGAUAUCAAGGAGAAGCUGGCCUAUGUUGCACUUGACUUUGAGCAGGAAAUGCAGACUGCUGCUUCUUCGUCUUCAUUGGAGAAGAGCUACGAGCUUCCCGACGGUCAGGUCAUCACUAUUGGCAACGAGAGGUUCCGUUGUCCAGAGGCCCUCUUCCAGCCAUCCUUCUUGGGUAUGGAAUCAGCCGGUAUCCACGAAACAACAUACAACUCCAUCAUGAAGUGUGAUGUUGAUAUCCGUAAAGACUUGUAUGCCAACACUGUUCUCUCAGGAGGUACCACCAUGUUCCCUGGUAUCGCCGACAGAAUGCAGAAGGAGAUCACAGCCCUUGCUCCUGCAACAAUGAAGAUCAAGAUCAUCGCUCCCCCAGAGAGAAAAUACUCUGUCUGGAUCGGUGGCUCCAUCCUUGCCUCUCUGUCUACCUUCCAGCAGAUGUGGAUCAGUAAGCAGGAGUACGAUGAGUCAGGCCCAUCCAUUGUUCACAGAAAGUGUUUCUAGAGAUAUUUGAGUUAGUGUUGCAAUAUCGUACUUUACAUGGUGACAUGGAAAUCCUGCUUGGACACAAUCUAGCAAUAUCGACAAUGUUCGUGCAAUCUCAGAAACUAUGUGAUGUUGGAGGCCGCAUCGGUAAACAUUCAUGUACAUUUUUGUUGUUUUCACUGUUUUAUCUUUUGAAUAAAUAUGUAUAAUUAUACUUUUA